ACGCGAGAGCGGAGCGGCCAAACUUCCAGAGAGAAAACAACAGCAGCCGCCUGGACUGAAGCUCAGCGUCCCAUAACUCCCACCGGCGCUAUGAGUUUAUUCCGCUUUGACUAAAUCUCUCACUAAUGCAGGAACUCCUGUUUAACUUUAAUGGAAGCGGGAGUGUGGAGCUCGGGUACAGCAGAAGGAUGAUCCCGGUGCAGCAGUGUGGAUUUAACCGCCGCUUCACUCUUCCAGCCCGCGAUACUACCCCUAAUCUCCCGCACAGGAUCUGACCUACCGACAUGCAGGCUUCCCACCGCCGGAGCUCCGUUCACCCAGACUUCAGAACUGUGCUGUAGCUGCGAUGACUGACCCAGAACACAGGAGUUCUCCAGCCCUGAAGCCCCGAGUUCUCAGUUUAUGAUCUGAUCCAGCAGCUUUUCUUCUUUUUAAACCCCGAACUUCUCCUGCACUUCAGCAGAAAGAUGUGGAACCUGUGGGUCUGUGUUCAGCGAGCAGUGCUCUUUACCUACAUUAUACUCCACUGCUUCUCACACAGCGUCCGAGGUCUUAAUGUUUGCAUGAGUGGAAGUGCCACAUCGUGUGAGGAAUGUCUCCUCAUCCACCCGAGCUGCGCCUGGUGCGACCAGGAGGAAUUUGGAAGAGCAAGGACUCUCACUUCACGCUGUGAUUUUAGUCAGAAUUUGCUAAAAAGGGGUUGUGAGCCUCACUUCAUAGAAAAUCCACGAAGUGUCAGUUCCACCCUGAAGAACAGACCGUUGAGCUCCAAAAGCUCUGGAUCUACCCAGUAUGGUGUCACACAGAUACAACCACAGAAGAUCUCUGUCAGCCUGAGACCUGGUGAUCAGACCUCGUUUGAGGUGCAGGUGCGUCCAGUUGAAGACUACCCCGUUGAUCUGUACUAUUUGAUGGACCUGUCGCUGUCCAUGAAGGAUGACCUGGAUACUAUUCGAAACCUGGGAACUAAACUGGCUGAAGAGAUGAAGAAGCUAACCAGUAAUUUCCGUCUCGGCUUCGGCACGUUCGUGGAUAAGAACAUGUCACCUUUCUCCUACACGGCUCCCAGUUACCAAGAGAAUCCCUGCAACGGGUACAAGCCUUUCCCAAACUGUGUCCCCUCUUUUGGGUUCCGUAACCUCUUGUCUCUGACUGACAAAGUCGACCGCUUCAAUGAGGAGGUGCAAAAGCAGAUGGUGUCACGCAACAGGGAUGCACCGGAGGGCGGAUUCGAUGCUAUUCUACAAGCUGCUGUUUGCAAGGAGAAAAUUGGCUGGAGGAAAGAGGCGUAUCACCUGCUGGUAUUUGCCACAGAUGAUGUGCCACACCUGGCUUUGGAUGGCAAACUUGCUGGACUUGUUCAGCCUCAUGAUGGCCAGUGCCACCUGAAUGACAAGAAUGAGUACAGUGCUUCAACCAAGAUGGACUACCCUUCACUGGCCCUCCUCGGAGAGAAGCUGGCUGAAAACAACAUUUUCCUGAUCUUUGCAGUGACCAAACGGCACUAUGUUCUUUACAAGAACUUCACUGCACUGAUUCCAGGAACUACAGUGGAGAUUUUGGAUCAGAGCUCCAAAAAUAUAAUCCAGCUGAUUGUCAAUGCCUACAAUAACAUCCGGUCUAAAGUGGAGCUGAGUGUGUGGGAUCAUCCUGAGGACCUGAGUCUUGCCUUUACUGCUACCUGUCAAGAUGGUCAGUCCCUCCCAGGCCUCCGCAAGUGUGCUGACCUAAAGAUUGGAGACACAGUCUCCUUCAACAUCAGUGUGGAUGCUCGUGGCUGUCCUCCUCCAGGUACACAGAAGAGUUUCUCCAUCAAGCCAGUUGGUUUUAAAGACCGUCUGGAGGUGUCUGUGGACUAUCUGUGCGGCUGUAGCUGCACACGCUACACUCAGAACAACAGCAGCCGCUGCAGCUCCAGUGGCACCUACACGUGUGGAACCUGCCGCUGUGAGCCGGGGUACCGCGGAGCGCACUGUGAGUGUGAGGAGGGCGAUACUAGCAGCCUGAACCUCGGUGCCUGCAGAGAGGCAGAAGGCAAGCAGGUGUGCAGUGGACGUGGCGAGUGCAGCUGUAAUCAGUGCUGGUGUUAUGAGUCGGAGUUUGGCAAGAUCUACGGCACCUUCUGUGAAUGCGAUGAUUUCUCCUGUGCCCGACACAAGGGGAUUUUGUGCUCAGGUCAUGGUGAUUGCCACUGUGGGGAGUGUAAAUGUCAUGCUGGCUACAUUGGAGACAACUGCAACUGCUCCACUGAGACGGCCCCGUGUGUGUCUGAGGAUGGCCGGAUGUGCAGCGGCCGGGGCAGCUGUGUGUGUGGUCGCUGCCAGUGCACUGAGCCAGGGGCAUUUGGGGACACGUGUGAAAAAUGCCCCACCUGCCCUGACGCCUGUGCCACAAAGAGGGAGUGCAUUGAGUGUCGUCUCUUCAACACUGGGAAAUAUGCAGAUAACCAGACCUGUCAGCGUAUGUGCAAGGACCAAAUAAUGUCCGUGGACACACUCCACACAGAUGACCCCAGCGCUGUGCUGUGCCUGUAUAAAACAGAAAACGACUGUGUGAUGAAGUUCACAUACUCUGAGCAUGCGAGCGGCCAGUCCGUCCUCAAAGCCUUGCAGAAGCCAGAGUGUGCUUCUGCCCCUGAUGCCCUGACAGUGGUGAUGGCAGUGGUGGGCAGUAUUCUGUUGGUGGGCAUUGUGCUGCUUGCCAUCUGGAAGCUGGUGAUAACCAUUCACGAUCGACGCGAAUUCGCCCGCUUCCAAAGUGCACGCUCGCGAGCACGAUAUGAGAUGGCAUCCAACCCUCUCUAUAAACAGCCCAUCUCGACUCACCCGGUGGAGACCGUUUUCCACAUGCACAGCAAGUCAUACAACGGAGGAGUCCACUGAUCCCUUACCUUCUGCUUCAGGGUUGGGGACGCGGCUGGACCGGUCCAGUUGGGCAGUGUUUACAGUUCUACAGUGGAGAACAGAGAUUGUGAACUCUAUGCAGAAAUGCAGAACCUUUUGGUGAAAUACUUAACAGCCUGCUUAACUGCCAAUAAGAGACUGUUCUGGUUGGUGGUUUGAUUUUUUUUUUUUUUUUUUUUUUUCUCUCGGUCCUUUCUUCAGAACUUAUGACUGAACCACGAAGUACGGUUGUAUGAUGGUAUGAUGUGAUGACCACAACGUUUUUUUUUCCCCCUUUUGUGAUGAGGAUAUGCAGGAUGAGCUCAGAUCGUUUCUUCUUAAGAAAAAAAUAAGACUAAUAGAUGAGAUUUGCUGCUUCCCCCAUCAUGGACUGCCUGUGUGAAUUUGCCAAUUUUACUUCAAUUCUAACCACAAUCUUCCACACCAUAAGGGAUGCAGCGUGCAUUACAUUGUACAGAUAAAUGAGGCAUUGAUACGUGUAUGUUUCUUUUUUUUUUCUUAACAGCAGUGCCUUUCACAAAAACCUAAACCUGCAUCCUCGUGUACGUGUCUUUUGAAGUGUAUAAAUGUAUACGAGAACAUUCUGUAUUUUGCUGAUACAUUUGGUACUAACAGAGCAAUAACUUUCUUACCGUUUUUGUUUUGCACAAUGUAUAUUAGAUUCAGGUUUAUAAAGAGAUAAAUAAGAAAACCAGCCGCUAGUUUGUCUGCUUAACCUUACUUAUUUGCACAGGUUAUAUAUACAUAAUAGAGUAAACCUCCUUGUAGGCCUUCAACUGUUUAGUGGGAAUUUAACAGCACUGUGUUGAUCAUCUUAAAACAUAUUAUUUCAUCUGGGAGGGACUGAAUCUGGGCCACUUGGAGGUGAUACAGCAUUCUGGGUCUCAGCAGUCUUAUAUCUCACACCCAUCCCAGCAGAGGAGGAAAGAAUAUGCAAACCCAUUCCUGCUUUUAAACAUAGCAAGAAAUAUUUUGGAGAAAACUAAAACUGUACCGCAGAAUUAUAUAAAUUAUAUAGUUUGUACACCAAGACCAGCCAGUCAUUGGUUUAAUCCACUGUCAAAUCUGAGUAAUAAGGAGCUGUAUGAAGAUUGUUAUGGACUUUCACUGUUUUUCACUGCAGUGAAAGCCACCCCCACCUCUCUGCACAGCACUUGGACCAUUGUAUGUCGGCCUUUAACAACAUUCCUACAAAUAUGAUUUGUACAGAUAUGAAGUAAAUGCUGAAACCAAGCCUAAAAUACUUUAGUCUGCAGUGCCUGGGCACUUUGAAUAUGGGUGUGGAUGUCUGGGGCUAAUUAGAGUUUGAUUUGAUUUUUGUGUGUGGGCGUUUGAAAUAAAUAAUGGGAAAUGAAUCUGGGUGUGUGACCGCCUGAUAUGAAGUCAUGCAACACUUUUGAUAGUGUGUUUGCCUUUAAGUUAUGUUGGUGUUUCAAACUCUGAGCCUUGAAGUUUUCAAACAAUAAUAUACAAAUGUACAAAAUGGGGAUAUCACCAGUAAGCACCAGUGACCCAAUUCAUAGAAUCAAAUUAAAGUUUGUCAUUCAUAUAUAUAUAUACAGCUCUGGAAAAAAAUUAAGAGAACACUUUAGUUUCUGAAUCAGUUUCUCUGAUUUUGCUAUUUAUAAGUAUAUGUUUGAGUAAAAUAAACAUUGUUGUUUUAUUCUAUAAACUACAUAAAAAAUUUCACCCAAAUUCAAAAUAAAAAUACUGACAUUUAGAGCAUUUAUUUGCAGAAAAUAAGAAAUGGCUGAAAUAACAAAAAAAAAAAAAAAAACGCAGAGCUUUCAGACCUCAAAUAAUGCAAAGAAAACAAGUUUAUAAUUAUAAAGUUUUAUAAAUUAAUAUUUGGUGGAAUAACUGUGGUUUUUAAUCACAGUUUUCAUGCAUCUUGGCAUGUUCUCCUCCACCAGUCUUACACACUGCUUUUGGAAAACUUUGCUACUCCUGGUGCAAAAAUUCAAGCAGUUCAGCUUGGUUUCAUGGCUUGUGAUAAUCAAUCUUCCUCUUAAUUAUAUUCCAGAGAUUUUUAAUUUGGUAAAAUCAAGGAAAAACAUCAUCAUUAAGUGGUCUCUUAUUUUUUUUCAGAGCUAUGUAAAUGUAUAAAUAUUUAUAUUUAUAUCCAGAACUGGGUGGGUAUUUUUAGAUGAUUUCUAUAAUUUUUUUGUCUUGAUUUACCUUUUUUUUAUUUACAUUUUAAUGAAAACGUCUUUAUAGUUUCUUCACAUAUGACAAACUCACUGACACAGUUAUAAAGCUCCUUUUAUCUGUAACAGCUUUCAGAGCACAUCAGAGACCAACUGUCAACCAUCUCCCACGACAUGAGGUCAUUUCAAACUUCCCAUCAUGUUCAAUGAACCAUCGUUCACUGAAUAAAUGGACUAUAUAUGCACUCGUGUAUAUAUGUUAGGAGGAUUAGAGAUAAACAGUGUCCCAUAUUGUUUGAUGUACACUGGACUUAUGUAAUCACUUCUUUAGAAGUGAAAAUGUGCGUUCAGCUUUAUUAUCAACACUUCUGUUAAACAAGCCCUAGAAAACUGCCAAGCAUCCAGUGUGAUAUGGGGGGAAAAACUGUUUGUUUAUUGAACUUGGAGGAGAAAGCAGAACAAAUUUCCCGGAUGUUCACUGAACCUACGAACAUUGGUGUCUGUUUUUGGGGUUAUAUUUAACAUCUGGCUGGAACACGCUAGAUAAUAGCUCUACUCUCAGGCCAUUUUCAGACCUUAGCCAGACAGGGUGUGUGUGUGUGCGUGCUAAAGAGAGGGAAAAAGAGAGAGAGAGAGUGAAAGAAAAACAUCCUCUCCUCUGUCCACCCAGCAGCAACCAUGGCUGUGUAUUGGCAAGAAUUUGGUGAUGUGAAACAUAUCACAAUACACAGUUGAAACACAUUGUGUAAUACUCUAAAGAAUGCUUUAAAUCUACUUUUAGGGAAACAAAAUGCCAUAGUGUGAAGCACUGUUCAUAAAUAUUUAUACAUUUAUUCAGCUCUGGAAAAAAUAAGAGACCACUUGUUGAUGUUUUUCCUUGAUUUUAUCAAAUUGAAUACCUCUGGAAUAUAAUCGAGAGGAAGAUGGACGAUCAAAAACCAUCAAAUCAAGCUGAACAGGAGUGGCAUAAAGUUAUCCAAAAGCAGUUUGUAAGACUGGUUGAGGAGAACACGCCAAGAUGCAUAAAAACUGUAAUUAAAAACCAGGGUUAUUCCAGCAAAUAUGGAUUUCUGAACUCUUAAAACGAAAUGAAUAUGAACUUGUUUUCUUUGCAUUAUUUGAGGUAUGAAAGCUCUGCAUCUCUUUUGUUAAUUCGACCAUUUGUCAUUUUCUACAAAUAAAUGAUCUAAAUGACUAUUUUUAUUUGGAAUUUAAGAGAAAUGUCCUGAUUUUAUAGAACAAAACAAUGUUAAUUUUACUGAAACAUAUACCUAUAAAUAGCACUUAAUUUCAGAGCUGUAUAUUGUAAAAUAUGAGUAAAAGAAAAGAGUUACCCUCACAAAAAUGACUCACUUCAGACUUUAGAAACACUGGAUGUUGGCAAUGGUAACUGGGAAGGAAAGCAAAGGUUUUCCCAGCUGCCCUUACAUUCAACUCAAAGGCAACAGUAAUAGCAAAUGCAGAUGUUAAAUGUGUUUAGGUAUUCUUGGUCCUUGUGUAAAGCGUACACCAGCCAGUUACACAACAACCACUAAUAGCCACACUGCUUCUAUUUCUGUGAUUUUUAUGACACAGCAUGUGGUCUUGAGUGCUGUGAAGAGUCCCAAGGGUGAAACUGGUAAUAUGGAGACAGAUGGUGGUGGUAAUGGAGCUUCACAGGCUGUGAUCUGUGAGUAUUUUAAUCGGGUAGUUGGCUCAGUAGGAUCAGGUAGUGGGAGGUCUCCUGCAGUAGAGCCUGAAGUUAGCAUCCACAGCCAGAACGCUUAGACUGGAGUGACGCCAUAGACCUAGGAAGUUCCAGACGGGAAGUGAAAGUAGGUUAAAAUGCUAGAGUCUGACUCUGAGAGUCAGAAUUAGAUGUUAUGUGUCGUAAUAUACUGAGUGAAAAAGAGCUGAUGAAGACCAAUAGUACCUUAUACGUUAUUUUAUUGAGUACUCUUAUAGACUGCAGAAGGUUGGAUGAAGGCCCCAUUGUAUGGCCCCAUGAAUGUUGACUAUUUUGUAUAAAAAUCAAUAAUAUCUGAACAAGUUUUUUUUAUUAUUAAUAUUUCAUGUACACUGACUGACAAAACAGUAUACACUAAGAAGGACUUACUGACUCAUAAAUAGGAUUUCAGCCUUUGCUCAUAAUUAUUCAUACAUGCAAACAUAUCGCCUCUGACUGGCUAACAGCACUGCAACAGCAGCAAGAUGGACAACAGUUUAAAAUAAAGACAUUUUCACACUAAUAA